UCGAGAAGUAACUGAACACUCCUUCGUCUUUGUGUAACUGAUCCUCUCUCUCCGUCUCACGCCCCCGCGCCCGAAGUUCCCCCAAUGCCGCCGCCACCGCCGCCGCCGACCUCGCUCUCGCCAUCCUACCCCACGCCUGCAACCGCAUCAUCCCCAACCCCGCGCCAGAUCGCCGCCCUCGUGCUUAACUACCCGUCGUCCAACCUCACCACCGCAUCGGCCCGCUCCCUCUCGGCGUCCCUCCUCGCCGUCGCCCCGGCCCUCCCGACGCCCGUGGCCAACCGCGUCCUCAAGCUCCUCUGGCACCACGCGCCGCGCGCGCUCCUCUUCUUCCACUCGCUCCUCCACCUCCCCGCCCGCGCGCACGCCGUCUCCCCCUGCACCAUCGACCUCGCACUCGACCUCUCCGCGCGCCUCCGCCACCCCCGCCAGCUCACCAACUCCAUCCUCGCGCUCUUCCCGCGCCUCCGCCUGCCCUUCACCCCGCGCACUUUCCCCAUCCUCUUCGAGCGCUUCGCGGCGUCGCAGCGCCGGCCCGACAUCGCCGUCCGCCUCUUCCUCUCGCUCCACCGCUCCCACCGCGUCGUGCAGGAUCUCCCCCUCUUCAACUCCCUCCUCGACGCGCUCGGGAAGUCGCGCCAUGCCAGCAAGGCCGCCUCCCUCGUCCGCGCUCUCGAGCGGCGCUUCCCCCCGGACGUUGUCACGUACAACACCCUCGCUGACGGAUGGUGCCGCGUCAAGGACACGUCCCGCGCGCUCGACUUGCUGCGGCAGAUGGCCGAGUCCGGCAUCACGCCCACGAAGACAACCUAUAAUAUCAUCCUCAAAGGCUUCUUCCGUGCUGGGCAGAUACAGCACGCAUGGAACUUCUUCCUCCAAAUGAAGAAGAGGGGGGCCAAGGACGAGAGCUGUAAGCCGGACAUCAUAUCGUACACUACCAUCAUUCAUGGGCUGGGUGUUGCUGGGCAGCUAGACAAAGCUCGCAAACUGUUCGAUGAAAUGUCUAAAGAAGGUUGCACGCCGUCAGUGGCAACUUACAAUGCGCUUAUCCAGGUGAUAUGUAAGAAGGGAAAUGUGGAGGAUGCAGUCACAGUGUUUGAUGAUAUGGUUCGACAGGAUUACGUCCCAAAUGUGGUCACCUAUACCGUCUUGAUUCGAGGUCUCUGCCAUGCUGGGAAAAUUGACCGGGCUAUGAAGCUCAUGGAGAGAAUGAAAGAUGAAGGCUGUGAGCCAGUCGUUCAGACAUACAAUGUUCUAAUAAGAUAUUCAUUUGAGGAAGGGGAGAUCGAGAAGGCCUUGUGUUUGUUUGAGAGGAUGAGUAAAGGAGAGGACUGCCUGCCUAACCAAGAUACAUACAAUAUCAUAAUAAGUGCAAUGUUUGUGCGCAAGAGGGCUGAGGACAUGGCAACGGCGGCGAGGAUGGUAAUGGAGAUGGUGGAGAGAGGCUACUUACCUAGAAGGUUCAUGCUCAACCGUGUUCUGAAUGGGUUGAUGUUGACAGGGAAUCAGCAAAUUUCUAGAGAUCUGUUGAGAAUGCAAGAGAAAUAUAGACGCCUGCGACGAGAAAUAAGAUUGUGAUUGCCAUUUGAGUUCUACAAUGGCAUAAGGAUACAAUGUUUUGCGCAUCUUGAGGCUUGGGUACAGAAGUAUGGUGCAACCCUCGUGCCUAGCAGUUCAUACUUGAUACUCCUGUGGUGGUGUUAUGAUCAGUCUGAUGUUUCAGGGACACUUGAUUAUUGGUUUUGCGGGUGCUGGAUAUCUAGCAAAGCAGUGUUGUCUUUAUUAACCUGACUGUGUGAGCGAACAUACUGCCAGACGCCAAGAAGUCUGGUUGGAUGUUCGCGUUGUACCACAAGAAAGAGGGCAAGCCACUGAAGAUGCUCAAUUGUUGGUGCAAGUCUGAUCCUGGAUUUAUCUUUCACAACAUAAUACUUUAUCUCUAUUGUUUCGGCAGCAUUACUCGACUUGUUGUUGUGAGCAUAGAAUACUGCGGGCUGGUUGUCACAAUACAUCUUUAGUGGUUUGUCAAUACAAUCUACCACUUUCAAGUCAGGUAUAAAUUUCUUUAACCAUAUCGCCUGCCCCGUGGCCUCAUAACAUGCUAUAAAUUCUGCAUACAUCAUGGACGAUGCAACUAUUGACUGUUUGGAGCUUUUCCACGAAAUAGCCCCUCCAGCGAGAGUGAACAUGUAUCUUGACGUGGAUUUUCUAUCAUCUUUGUCUACCGCAAAAUCUGCGUCUGAAUACCCUCUUAUCUCUAGGGAAUCAGAUCUCCUGUAUGUUAGCAUGUGGUCCUUCAUGCCUCGCGCAUAAUGCAAUGCUUUCUUUACCAUCUUCCAGUGCUCUGUGCCUGGAUUCUCUUGAUAUCUACCGAGUAGCCCGGUGAUAAAAGCUAAGUCAGGGCGAGUGCACACGUGUGCAUACUGUAAACUUCAAACAGCCGAAGCAUAUGGUACUGCUUUCAUUUGAUCGAUCUUGUACUGGUUCUUGAGACAUUGGAAUUUUCCAAAUUUGUCGCCCUUGACUAUAGGAGCAGGUGUGGCUUUACUCGUAUGCAUAUUAUACUUUUUAAGAACCUUUUCUAAAUAUGCCUUCUGCGAUAGUCCUAAAACUUUAUUUUUCCUAUCUCGGUGAAUUUCUAUGCCCAAAACAUAUGAUGCUUCACCAAGAUCUCUUAUAUCAAAUUUUGAGGACAAGAACUUCUUUGUUUCUCGUAGCAGACUAACAUCACUGCUAGCAAGCAAGAUAUCAUCCACACACAAGAUUAGGAAAAUAUAUUUCCCUUUUUAAACUUUGCAUAAACGCAAUUAUCCUCAACAUUCUCUUUAAAUCCAAAUCUUUUAAUUGUUUCAUUAAACUUUAGAUACCACUGUCUAGAGGCUUGCCUUAAUCCAUAAAUGGAUUUCUUCAGGCGGCAUCCCAUAUCUUCCUUGCCUUCCAUGAUAAAACCCUUUGGUUGUUUCAUGUAAACAUUUUCUUUUAAAUCCCCGUUUAGAAAUGUCGUCUUUACAUCCAUUUGAUGUAGCUCUAAAUCAAAAUGUGCAACUAAUGCCGUUAUGAUUCUGAAGGAUCCUUACAUGAAACUGGGGAGAAUGUCUCAUUGUAAUCUACCUCUUCUCUUUGUGUAAAUCCUUUUGCCACAAGUCGUGCUUUAUACUUUUCUACAUUCCCGUUAGAGUCAUACUUAGUUUUGUAGACCCAUUUAUAGCCUACUGUUUUGGCUCCUUUAGGAAUAUUCUCUAAGUCCCAAACAUCUUUGGAACCCAUCGAUUUCAUCUCGUCUUCCAUUGCCUCCAGCCACUUCGAUGAGUGAGGGUUUCUCAUGGCUUCUUCAUAUGAAGUGGGAUCACCUUCCAUAUGAACCAUUUUUGUGUUAUAAACUUUUUAAUCAGUAGAAAUAGUUGAUCUUUUAGACCUUCUAAGGCCCUCAUUCGCUGGCACAUUAUGUGCCUCAACUUCCUGCUCAUCUUCUAAAAAUGGCUGCUGCGCCUCCCCCUCAUGCUCAACAACGGGUUUAGUCGGCUCCUGACGGCCAGGUUGCGAAUCUUCUCCCAUAGUUUUCAUGGAUGGAGUUACAACAGGUACUUGCACCGCAACCUCAGGUAUAACAGGUAGUGAGAAAAAUGGCUCGUGAAUCAUCGGAUUAGGUGCAUGCACCCUCUUCUCCUCAAGAUCAAUUUUUCGAGCAACCAUGCUCCCCCUCAUCACUUCGUCCUCUAAGAAGACCGCAUGUCUUGUUUCUACAAACUUUGUGUAUCUCUUUGGAUAGUAGAAACGAAAACCUUUUGAUCUAUCAGGAUAGCCAAUGAAGUGGCGACUGACUGUUUUGGGAUCUAACUUUGCAAUAUUUGGAUUAAACACUUUGGCCUCAGUUGGGCUCCCCUACACCCUUAAGUGUUGUAGGGAGGGCACUCUUCCUGUCCACAACUCGUCUGGUGUUUGGGCACCGACUUGCUUGGUACUCUAUUGAGAAUGUGUAUGGCGGUUUUAAGCAACUCCAUCCAUAAUCCCAAUGGCAAGGUGGAGUAACUCAUCAUGCUGCGCACCAUAUCCAUAAGUGUACGGUUAUGCCUUUCAGCUACUCCAUUUUGCUGAGGCUCGCCCCACAUUGAAUACUGGGCCACUAUGCCAGUCUCCUGUAAGAACCUUGCAAAGGGUCUAGGGACUUGGCCAUAUGGAGUGUGCCGACCGUAGUACUCCCCCCACGGUCAGAUCUUACUAUCUUUAUUCUUUUUCAUGCUGAUUUUCAACUUCAGCUUUGACUAUCUUAAAUUUAUCCAACGCUUCAGAUCUUUCUUUGAUUGGAUAAAUAUAAUCAUAUCGGGAGUAAUCAUCUGUGAAUGUUAUGAACGAGUCAUAGCCAUCCACACUUUUCACAGGAAAUGGUCCACAAGUGUCAGUGUGAAUGAUUUCUAGUGUUCCCGUGCUACGGUUUGCACCCUUUUUUAUUUGUUUUACAUACUUUCCUUUAAUGCAAUCUAUGCAUUGGUCUAAGUCUGAGAACUCUAAUGCAUGAAGAAUUUUAUUUUUAACUAGUCUUUAUAUUCUCCCCUUCGAAAUAUGGCCCAAGCAACAGUGCCAUAAUUUCGAUGAGUCACGAGUUCUGUUUCUUUUCUUUUGUUCUUUAUCCGACACAGAAACAUGCUCAUUCACAUUACACACAGAAUGCACUUUUUCACGUAGUGAUAAUAAAUAAAGUUCAUUGUGAAGGAAAGCAAUACCCACAUGAGUAUUAUUAAACCAUAUGGCACACUUGCUAUGUCCAAAAUGACAUUCAUAAUGAUCUUUAUCCAAAGAUGAAACACUAACCAAGUUUGAAUCUGUAAGCAGAAGCUUGAAUCCAUCAGCUAACUCCAGGGAGAUGUCGCUGACAGCUUCAACUUCUGCUUGAACUCCAUUUGCAACUUCAAUGCAUCUUUCGCUUCUUUGCGUAGUCCGCGUCGAAUGGAAUCCCUGUAAUGAAUUUACAAAGGAUGAACAGUUGCUCCCGAGUCAAUCCAUCAAGUAGAUUUCGAAAACUGUGUAUACAAGGAUUCAUUUACAAAGGAAACAAUGUUGUUACCUCUCUUUGCCAUUAUUGACUUUAGCCAAACAAGGCAAUCUUUUUUGUAGUGCCCAGUCUACUUACAAUGGAGACAUGUGUCUUUGUCCACUUGAAAAGACUUUUGCUGAUGCUGAUAUUGCGUGGGAGCUUUGUGGCUUUGAAGGGGAACCUGUGCUACUUUGAUUGUAAUUCUUUUUCUUAUUAUCCUUCACAUAGUUCAUAGAACCACUAUGUGAGGUCCUAAGUCUUUCCUCUUCUUGCACAUACAUGGCUAUAGUCUUUUCAAUGUCCCAUUUUUCAGGCGACAUGUUGUACUUGACAACAAAAGUGUCAAACUCUUUUGGCAGUGAAGCCAUAACUAGGUGAAUAAGGAGUGCAGGUUUGAGGUCCAAAUCCAAAUCCAUGGGUUUAAGCUUAGCUGCCAUGUUGCUCAUCCUGAGGAUGUGCUCUCUUAUGUCAUGUCCAACGCUUAUGUACUUUUCUGUCACCAGCUGCUUUAGCAACUGGGUAGCAUAUAUCUUUGAAGAACCAGUGAACUGGCUCUUUAUCUUUGCAAGAAACUCCCCUACGGAAGUACACUAUGCAAUUGAGCCCACAAUGGCGUUCUCAAUUGUGUUCUUUAUGAAAGCCAUGCACUUUUUAUUGGCGGUGAGCCACUUUUGGUUGUCGAUGAAAUAUGACAUCUCCACUGGAGCAUGAUCCCUCUUCUUUUUGUUCCAAGCAGCAUCUCCAUUGGCAGUGAACUGGCUCUGUUGGUUUGACUGGCUGUGGAGUGUCCACAACCCAGUCCACCUCAGCACAAAUGAAAGCCAAGUCGACCUUCUUUCUCCAUUCAGUGUAGUUGUCACCUCUGAGGGUUGGAGCAUCCUUGAUGGAGCUCAUCAAGUGAGAUCAUAACAACAUUGCAUGCAUUAAUCCAACGUUGGUCAAAACUAAAACAUACAACUGUUUGUGCAGUUGAAACUAUAUGACUGUUGGGCAGAAGAUAGAAAUAAAUGCACAUAUAACAAUAAUAUUUUUUUUGAAACGAGGCAAAAGACUUGCCAUUUUCAUUGAUUGAGAAGAAGAGAAUUGUCCGGUUAAUUGACGGAAAACCGGGCUAAAACCGAUACAACACUGCCCACAUGACAUGGGCACCACCGGCCAACCUGGCCACCGACAUGGAACAAAAGCCACGACGACACAUGCCAACAGAUGGCCACACGCGCAAGCAACUGACAGCUCCGACUUUGAUGAUGAGCAACGCAAGGGAAAUAUGCAGGUCUUGCGCCGACCGUGCCCCCGCAAACGACCACCGAAUGCCUGUCAUCGUCACCACCUGGACUCGCUCCAACGCAGCUCCGACUUCAAAGCAACCAGCAACCACGGAAGAGCACCUCGGACACGCCGGGAAGAACCGACUACCGAAGACCAUGCCGUGACCCAAGCUUCGAUUGACGCA